AUGGUAAAAAAAUACAGGAUAACCUACACUACGGAGGCGUCAGGGGGACCCCCUAAGACAGGCCAUAUGGAUUCUUCUCACCUUCAGUGUUGCAUCAUACAUCUGGCAGACACGGUUUUCAUAGGAUGGACGGUCGAAGUACUAAGCGAUAUUACCGACAACGUAACAGAGAAGAGCUACUUCCCUCCAGGUGAUGGCGAAGCUGUGGAGAUCGAUGCGAAGUGGGAGCUGAACAAGCGUCGACACGCUACAGCUGGAUGCAAUACAAAGAUCGAGACCACCCAUACGAACGAUCUGGAACUUAUCGGAAUGAUCGCAUUUAUCAAAGAGUGGCUGCGUAGGGGAAAACAAUGGGAGUUCAAAUCCAUCGAUGUCAAAAGCCAUGAAGAACUCGUGGAGAUUCAGCGCAAGAAUGGAGGAGCUACACGUACAUAUGCCAAAGCUGAGGAUGAAGUAGACGACGAAGAUAUUGACCGAGGGUACGAGGGGUGGGUCACGCCAGGACUGUACAAAGCGAUUGAAAGAGCUUACGAUUCCGCAUACAGAAAGGAAGCCAGAAUCCAGCAUGAGGAGUCCCAAAACGUUCGCCGCGUACGAUAUUAUGCAAUGAUUGAUGGUCAUAGGCUGCCGGUGAUUGGCCGCACGAACUCCGAUCGUGUUUUUGCGAAUAUCAACAUCAUCAACGACGAUAUCAAAAAAAAAGACCCACGUACGAAAUGUCUUUGGGAAAUCUUGGUCUGUCCGUUCAAAGACUACGAAGAACUCAUCGAAGAACAGAGAUGUGAUGGAGGAUGUAUAAGAGCGCGCAAAAAGGGCAAGGACUAUGGCGAUAAGAUUGACGGUAUUCACGAAGUUGACAAGAAAUGGUACAGAGAGGAAGACCCUCAAUAUUCAGGGUCAGAAUCGGAGGACGACGAAGAAGAUUACUUUGAAGAAUGCUAUGAAGGAACAUGGUCAACUAGAAAACUGCUCAUCGCACAAGACAAGGCCGCGAAAAAAGCUGAUUGGUUUCCCAGUCAUCUCCGACUGGGGAAUGUCAGCAAGAAGACGCCGGCUUCUACAGAGAAAGGUGACUUCAAAAAGGAAAGCAGCAACCGUAAAGAGGAAGGAGAGCAGCACGUCCUUUGGUGGAUGAAGCGUCAAGGGUGA